AUGGAGAUUCUGAGACCGACGACGUCGCACGUCUCCGGUGGGAACUGGCUCAUGGAGGAGACGAAGAGCAACGUCCCCGUCGCCGCUUCCGGCGAGGUUGUCACGUGGACGGCGGCGGAGAACAAGGCUUUCGAGAAUGCUCUGGCGGUUUACGACGACAACACUCCUGAUCGGUGGCAGAAAGUAGCGGCGGUGAUUCCGGGGAAGACCGUGAGUGACGUCAUCAAACAGUACAACGAGCUGGAAGCUGACCUCAGCAGCAUCGAGGCCGGUUUAAUCCCGGUCCCUGGUUACAUCACCUCACCUUUCACUCUGGAUUGGGCCGGCGGUGACGGCGGCGGAUGUAACGGGUUUAAACCGGGUCACCCGGUCGGUAAUAAACGCUCGUCGUCGGCAGGUAGGUCGCCGGAGCUGGAGCGGAAGAAAGGUGUUCCUUGGACGGAAGAAGAACACAAGCUAUUUCUGAUGGGUUUGAAGAAAUACGGCAAAGGAGAUUGGAGGAACAUAUCUCGAAACUUUGUGAUAACGCGAACCCCAACGCAAGUCGCUAGUCACGCCCAAAAAUACUUUAUCCGGCAGCAUUCCGGCGGCAAGGACAAGAGACGAGCAAGCAUUCACGACAUAACCACCGUGAAUCUCGAAGACGAAGCUUCUUUGGAGACCAACAAGAGCUCCAUCGUUGGACGAGAGGAGCGUUCGAGGCUAACUGCGUUUCCUUGGAGCCAUACGGACAACAACGGAACGCAUGCGGACGCCUUCAACAUAACGAUUGGAAACGCUAUUAGUGGCGUUCACUCGUACGGCCAGGCUCUGCUAGGACCGUUUAACAACGCAGAUUCUUGCUACGACGCACCAAACACAAUGUUUCAGCUAUAG